AUGGCGAACCGCGAAGGCGAGCCUGUCGCGAGGACCAACAGCGGCGGCGGCAGCAAGGACUCGGGCAGCUUCGAGUGCAACAUCUGUCUGGACCUGGCGCAGGAUCCCGUGGUCACCCUCUGCGGCCACCUCUUCUGCUGGCCCUGCCUCUACGAGUGGCUCCACGUUCACGCGCACUCUCAGGAGUGCCCCGUCUGCAAGGCCGUCGUUGAGGAGGGGAAGCUCGUCCCCCUCUACGGCCGUGGCGGCAACUCCACCGCACCCCGUGCAAGGUCGGUGGCCGGUGUGGAAAUCCCGAGCAGGCCGACCGGGCAGCGGCCCUCCACCGCCCCGCAGCCUGACCACAACAACCAUUACCCGCACCAGAACCCCUGGUUCAUGGGUGCUGGUGCUCCCCCUGUGGCUGGUGGUCGGUGGGGGAACUACACUUUCUCGGCCGCCAUUGGAGGGCUGUUCCCGUUGCUGAGCUUCCAGGUGCAUGGAUUCCCCCAGGCGACUGCCUAUGGGCCGGCUGCAGGGUUUCCUUAUGGAUAUGGCCAUUCUUUCCAUGGUUAUGGGCAUGGCUUCCCGGCUCCGCGCCGGGCGCCACAAGGCCAGCAGGUUGAUGUGUACUUGAAGGUGUUGCUGCUGGUAGUUGGUGUGCUUGUAAUUGCCAGCCUGAUCGCAUUUUAG